UUAAUCAUGAUGAUAAGACUUUUUUCUGUAUUCAGACUGAUUCUAAGAAUGGGUGUCCCGCCAAACUUGUGUAACAAAAAUACCCAGCUGCUCCUGAAAUAUGUUUUUUAUGAUACACAGAUGGCGCUAGAGCCGCGAAGGCGCGAGCUUGCCUCGUUUAAAUAGUUUGAUCGAUAAACACGGUAUGCAGCAGUGUCAAAGAAGGUAUUUUUACCGUGACACGUGCCCUUUACAGUGUUUGGUUACUGAAUUUAUUUAUGAUUUUGAUCGUAUUUAUCCUCUACUCUUAUAAGAAAUACCUGCUGUAUACAUCUGGUAAAAUAUGGCGCCACAUGUGAAAAAUUCAAAGAAUCUCAUUCAUCGUGCGCAAAUCACUACCGACCCGCAGAAAGCUAUAGCGGAAUAUUUCAUAUCCAAAGCAGAAGGCAGGAAUAUAAAAAAAUUGUCAGAAUGGGACGAUGCUCGAAUAAGUCCGGCAGCCGAAUUGGUGAAGGCACGUCGCGAAUUAGACCUAGCCGAGAAUCAACUAACAGAGAAACAGCAGGAGCAGAUUGAGAAAAGAAAAGAAAUGGACAAGCACUGGGCAGAAUUGAGGCGAAAGGAGCUUAUUUUUCGUCAGUCGUUUCAAAAGUUUAAUAAAUUUGCCAAGGAAAAUCAAGAAAAACGAGAAAGGGCCGAACACAAAAUUGCCGAGGAACUUUUACUGCAAAACAAACGACGAGAAGAGAUAAGGGAGAUGGAAGCGAAGUUGAACGACAUGAAAGAAAUAAAAAAAAGCAUGGAGAAACACGUGGCAGAUUACGGCAUGUAUCAAGAAUAUUUGGAGAGAGUGAUCUCUGAGACAGGGCAAUUUCAAUCUAUAUCCGAAAUUCUGACGCGAUACGAAUGCUUAACCGAGGCUAGAAAAGAACUUUCCGAACGACAGGAUGAAAAUCUUCAAGCACUGGAGGACGCAAGCACAGAAAUGGUUCGUCUGACAGACGACAAGGCUCAAAAGUUAAUAAAUUUGAACAACAGAUUGGCGGAUCUACAGGGCAGAUACGACAAAGCGAAAGUGAACGCUUUGCGUUGGGAAACUGCGGUACAGAGAAUCAAGGAAACGACUGCAGCGAAGCAUCUCGAAUUGACUCAAGUUCGAGCAUGUUGCUGGAAUGUUUAUCAGCAGAUUUGCAGGCGCAAGGGGAUUCCCGUAGAAGUGGAUCGCGAUGACGUUGAACGCCAAUUGGUGCACAUCAAACGAACUAUUCUGGAACUGAAACGGAUCGUUCGCGUAGCUCGAAGGAAGGCACAAACAGAAGCAAAGUCAAAGGAUGCUUGAGCUUAACUCGCAAGUUAUAGGGUAGCAUCCCGCUACGCUUCAAACUACGCGAUGGAAAGCUUAAUGAGACUUAAAAAUUUUCCCUUUUGCUUUGACCUUAAGGGGGGGGGGCA